AGUUGAUAUGACAAUGAAAUAGGUCAGUUUUGCCUGAACUGUUAGAUUAGACGGUCAAAUAGAAAUUGCAUAUGAUAAUUUAGGAAAUUAAAAUCCCUCAUGUAUCUAUUUAUUAUUGCCUUAAUUUGCCUUGUUUGGGGCUAUAAAAGCCAUGCCUCCAGCAAACGAAUGCGUGAUGUAACACAAAACAUAUCAGGGCCUUACGUACUUCCACUACUGGGAUAUGUGACGGGUGUAUUGAAAUUUACACCUAAAAAUAUUUUAGCAAGUUUAAGCUCUUUGAUGUCCAAGCAUGGAAAUGUUGUGAAAAUAUGGGCUUUAAACAGUCUCUUCAUUAUGAGUGCUGACGAGGAACUUAAUGAACAAGUACUGGCCAGUCCCAAGGAAAUAACAAAACUCACCACAUAUCAAUUGCUACAUCCUUGGCUGGGUGUGGGUCUACUGACGAGUGAUGGCAAAAAAUGGCAUUCACGCCGUAAAAUUAUAACACCCACAUUUCAUUUUCAGAUAUUGGAAGAUUUUCUCAAAGUAUUCGACACACAAUCUACGAUAUUGGUGAAAUGUUUGGAGCAGAAGGCUGAUGGUCGAACUGCAUUCGAUAUACAGCCCUACAUAGGCUUAUACACGCUCGAUGUGGUGGUCGAGACAGCAAUGGGUACCAAAGUCAAUGCCCAAACCAAUAACAACUUGGUAUAUGCAUCAGCUGUGCAUGAAUUGACGGAAUUGUUGGCGGUGCGCUUUGCCAGACGCUAUUUGCACUUUGAUCCCGUUUACGCAGUCCUACAUCCUUUGCAAAAGUUACGCACAACCAAACUCUUGAACACAUUGCAUGAUUUCACUAAAAAAGUCAUUGUGGAGAGGAGAUCAUUGCUAGAGCAAAAUAAGGGAAAAUUGCAAUCACCUACUGAGGACAAUGACAUGGGUUAUAAAAAACGCAAUGUGUUUUUAGAUGUCCUGCUACAGGCGAGAAUCGAUGGUCAACCAUUGUCCAAUGAAGAUAUACGCGAAGAAGUCGAUACAUUUAUGUUUGAGGGUCAUGACACCACCGGAUCGGGUCUAAGUUUUGCUCUACACUUGUUGUCCCGACACCCUAGGGUGCAGAAUAAAAUAUUUGAGGAGAUCAAACAGGUCUAUGGCAAUGCAAAAGGAGAAAAGGACAUAACUUUGAUGAGCCUAAACGAAUUGAAAUAUACCGAAUGGGUGAUUAAGGAAUCACUACGUCUCUAUCCACCAGUGCCAUUAGUGGGGCGAAAAAUACAAGAAGACUUUGAAUACAAACACUCAAAACUGGGUAAUGGCAUUAUACCGGCCGGAACUGAGUUGUUUCUGUUUCCUUGUCUGCUGCAAAGAGAUCCCAGAAUGUUUUCAAAUCCUAAUGAUUUUCUGCCUGAGCGUCAUGCCACUAUCCAGGAAAAGUCCAGCAUGAGCACUAAUCCAUUUAGCGCGGGCCCCCGCAAUUGCAUAGGUCAACGAUUCGCCAUGUAUGUUAUGAAAAUUACUCUGUUGAAGAUUGUUGAAGAAUAUGAACUCUUGCCAUUGGGUGAGAAUGUACAGCCAAUACCAAAUCUUGUCAUGGCCUCAGAGAAUGGAAUGCAAUUGGGUUUACGGAAGAGAAAAGCUUGAUUUAAUUUUAUACGGAAAAAAGCGGUGAACGCACUGGUUUUAAUUUUAAUAAUUGUAUAAAA